AUAACGACAGUCAAUGCCCUUCAUUUCUACUUGGAUGCAAACGAAAAACGAUGUUUUGUGGAAGAGCUGCCAUCAGACACAGUGGUUGAGGGUCACUACAGAGCGUUAGAGUGGGGUGAUAGCACACAACAAUACACUCUAAAUGAGGAACUCGGAAUCAUAGUUGAAGUGGAGGAAAUGGAAACAUCGCACGUCGUCACAAAAACGAGAGGUCCACCUGACGGUCGCUUCACAUUCACAUCCCACGAAUCUGGCGACCACUCCAUUUGCAUCUCCACCAACUACACGUCAUGGUGGUCAAGCACGCACAUCAAGCUCUAUCUCGACAUCGUCGUGGGCUCCACGAAACCAGACAUCGAAAGCGACCGUACUCAUAUCGGAGAACUUUCCAGCAAGCUCCGCGACCUCAACCAAAAACUUGAAGAAAUUCGCAGGGAACAGCAGUACCAGCGGGAGAGGGAGGCAGAUUUCCGAAACUUGAGUGAGAAUACGAAUUCGAAGGCUGUUUGGUAUAGCGUGUUGCAGAUUGGAGUGCUUAUUGCUACGUGCACGUGGCAGUUGCGACAUUUGAAG